CUUCUUAAGCGUUCUUUUUCUUCCGGCUCGUGGCCAUGGUGACAUGACACAACUCUUUGGCGAUGUCGCGGUGGCCGUGCAGGCACUUGAUGAGGCCUUGUCCUCUGAGGAGAUCCGGAGGUUGCCCACACCAACGCCUUCCCCAAUCGUCCCCACACCAGUGCGGCAGGUGCUGAAGGCAUUGGAAGCUUCCAUGAAUGCAGUGGAUCGAGAAGAAGAGUCUGUCGUUUCGAUGCUGCAGAGCCUUCGUCAGAACUUGGAAGAGCCGGAGGCCUCGGAUUUGCUACUGAGUCUCCUCUCCAGCAGCACCUUCCUGCUGUCGGGUGAGCCUCGUGUGGACGCAUUGCUGGGUGCCCGGGCUCCUCUGGUUCUGCGACGUUGGGUGUUGCAAGCCCUGGCACGAGAGAUUGAUGGGCUUUGGGCCAACUUCGGCCAGCUCCUCUUGCAGAGGUUGAAGACCUUUCUGAAAGGCUUUCGGUGGCUGGACAAGGAUGAGAGUGGCGCCUUUGGGCAGACGGAAUUCCUGCGUGCCUAUAUGGAGCUUUGUAUGCAGGCUGGAACGGCGGAGUCGGCCGAGGGCUUCAAGACUGCCUAUGACCUGCAGAGGGCUGAUGCGGGGUUUCUCUUCAAGCUGCUGGCAGGAUCUGCGAAGAAGAAGAAGAAUCAGAAGCAGAGAGAGGAGGAAGUGGGCGUCUCCUUGUACAACCUCGUCAUGCGAGUGGUGGGCGUCCACGAUCAGGACUUGAGGACCUUCCGACGUCAAGUCUAUACCCACUUCCCCAACGUGGAGGCCUGUUUCGCCGCUGCGGCGGAGAAGGACGCCAGCUCCGCGGAUCUCAGCGAACAGCAGUUUCUGUACUUGGGCUCCAUGCUACGGCAGUCUGAUGAGCGCUUGCGACGGCGACCGGUGGUGCUGUUGGAUGAAGAGGUGCCCCUGGAACCAGAGAAGAAGCUUAGAGCGCCCAACACGGAGACGGAUCGGAAGUUUCAGCGCUUCUUCAAAGGCUUGGACAUCAACUGCUCGGGGCUUUUGUCGGUGGCCGAAGUGAAGCAAGCCUUCGCCGAGGUGGCGCCCAGCGUGCCUUUCACGGUGGUGCGGCGGCGGAUCCUGCUCGCCUACGGCUCCUUGAACGGGCUGAUGAAUGAAGUGAAGAGGUCGAAUGAGGAUUCCGACAGCGAAGUGGAGAUGGGGAGCGGAGCCACCGGCUUUGCGCAGGCAGAGAAGCUCUCGGAGUUCCUGGAGUUGCCCAGCUGGCGGAUCUCUGCCUUCCUGGAGGCCAUCGCCGUCAAGGAUUGUGAGAAGAAGAAGAUCAAGCUGCCCACCGAUGGCCCCUGAGACCGGACCCGACACCGCCGCGAAUCGAACGGUUCCGGUGCUUCCGGUGAAACCCGGUGGUUCCGGUGCUUCCGGUGGGACCGUUCCACAGACCGGAAGGGGACGAGGAUUCACCGGGAUGGGCUUGGAAUUCGGUGGUCGGCUAAGGGGGUUCCCCUGGC